AUGCAUAAAAAAGGGCAGAAAAGUACCAAAGGUACCGAGCGCCAUACUAAGAUCCGAACAGGUAGCGACAAAGCGGCAUUUAUAACUCCCAAGCGCGUUAGGGGAGGCAAUACGGAUGGCCGCUCUUGCGACAUUACGGACCGGUUUAUCCCACAGCUGGCGUCCGGAAGUGCUUUCCGCGCAGCUCAAAGGCUGAAAACACUUGACUUUGAUAGUACAGAGCAUGUUCUCGAAGCUUCCCCUUCACCAUCGCAUCUCAGUAUGCCAGGGUUCUUCACCGAUCUCCGAACAACCCGACAUUAUAAUUCUGUUGUUCCCAGUAAUACGCAACCUCCCAGCAGCAAAGAAGACGCAAGCGUUGGCGAUUUCCAGAAGCUUUACCGUAGGUACGUGGCUGAUGCUUUGGGGUUCCAAUCAACAGAGAGGGUUUACCAAUUUUCGCCUUUGGAAGCCGCUGUUGCCGCUAGCUUAACAAAAACAAACACAAUUGCGACAAAGUAUAGUGCAAACCACUCUAGAGUCGACCCUCUACUGUCAGUACUCUGUCCGCGUUUGGUUCUACCGUACUUGGCUUCCCAAGCUUUUUCACAUAGUUUGAGAACAAGAAGCCUCGUCCCCGCAUUUCAGAGGCCUGCCACAAGAGCCAAGUCAUACACUCCAUUCCGAGUGCUUGAUGCGCCUUCGCUAAGGAAUGAUUUCUACUCUAAUCUUGUAUCAUGGUCUCCAAAGACGGGAAACAUAGCAGUUGGACUAGGCUGCGCGGUCUAUUUAUGGUCUGACACAAGGGGCGCAGUAAACGUUCUUCACUACUCAUAUCUGCAGCUAAGAAACGACUUUGUGACUUGUGUGUCAUUUUCACCCUUUGAAAGGUACUUGUUAGUGGGCACUAAACAGGGAAGGCUCCUUCUAUAUGAUCAGGUUGAGGACGAAGAACCUUCCGACGAGGGCGGCUACAAACCUCUUAGUGUGAGUUCUGACAGAAGCCUACAAGGAAUAUGCUGUCUUUCAAUCAACGGAACAGCCACUCAGUUAGCGGUCGGAGGAAACGACAACUCCUGCACAAUAUGGGAUAUUUCUGACCUCAAAAAUCCCCGAAUGGAGUUUUUGCUUCCACACAAAGCAGCUGUGAAGGCAGUGGCAUUCUGUCCCUGGUCUCGGUCACUGCUGGCCACCGGCGGAGGAAGUAAGGACCGAAAUAUCAGAUUUUGGCACACUCGAUCAGGCACACUUAUGAAAGAAACAAAAGCGCCAGGCCAGAUAACAUCGCUCAUAUGGUCCCUGAGGCAAAAACAGAUAGUUGCAACCUUCGGUUUCGGUGAUGUGGAGAAGCCGACUCUGGUCUCGGUGUACUCGUAUCCAGCAAUGACACCGACUAUCGAGGUGCACUCAAGCACGUCUCUUCGAGUAUUGAGUGCUGCAGCAUCGCCUGAUCAUAGUUCCAUAUGUGUUGCCACAAACGAUGAAACAGUUCGAUUUUAUGAGCUGUGGAACCUCCAAGAUUGUCCCAUUUUCGAGGCACAGGAACGAGGAAUAUACGGAAGCGAUCUAAUAGAGUACACGGAAGGCAUUCAUAAAAACCGGGAAUUAAUCAGAUAA